AUGGCCUACAUUUGCUUUGUGGAGUUCUGUAAGACUUUCAAAGAGGACCUGAGACUCAGAAUUUUUGUUCUGUUGGGAAAGGCCUCUAGCCGUGGAGAGCAAAAGGAGAAAUUGCAUGCCCUUGGGGACACAACAAAUGGUUGCAUGUCAACUGGACCUCAUUUCAAUCAUACUGGAAAAGAGCAUGGUGCUCCUGAAGACGAGAAUCGUCAUGCUGGUGAUUUAGGAAAUGUCAUUGUUGGUGAGGAUGGUACUGUUAAUUUCAAAAUUGUUGACAAGCAGAUUCCUCUCACUGGAUCAAACUCCAUUGUUGGAAGGGCUGUUGUUGUCCAUGCUGAUCCUGAUGAUCAUGGAAAGGGUAAGCUGUAAAACUUCUAUCCAUGA